AACGAUUACCGUGUAUCAAACGGGAAGCAGUGGUUGCAGGCUUGUUUGCCUGGUACAAUUAGCUCCGUUCAAACGGCGCUGCUCAAAUGACAAGAAGGGAACGGUGACUGUAUUGACGUUUGAACAAUGAAUCACACAGCUAACACUGUGUGAUUUUGUCGACGUUCUUCUUCAACCAAAUAUUAUUUAUUUGCCUGUGACAAUGAGAUCUAAGACGCUCUACUGUGGACCAGUACAUAAUUUAUUACAAAUGUCAAGUCAUACCGUUAUGGGGGAAUACACAAUCCUUUUUAGCUAAAGACUGGUUUCAUAUGGCCAUCAGGUGAAGAACGUACGUGGAGACAACAACUCACAAGAGGUGCAUUUACUUGUUUCUUGCCUGAAGACAUAAGGACGAAUGGACAUGUCCUGAUUUGACUAUAUUUGUUUUCAGUGGCCAUAGGCUUCAGCUUUUCGGAUACAGUUUGUGGUUUGUUAAACGUUAAUUAAGAAUACAUUUAACUUAUCUUUAUGAUUUCUCAGAAAUCAGGAAGAUGCAUUUUACACUUUUCACCGGAGUCCUUGUCCUAUCUUGUAUAGGAUUGGGUUGUUGUGGCACUUGCUUCGACGCAUCUUCUGUUCUGGAGACAGAUGCACACAUGGAACAUUACGUAUUUAGGAAAGUGAAGUCAUCGUCCGUCUAUUCCUGUGCCUCAGAAUGUCUGAUGUCAUCAGUCUGCAUGUCCUUCAACUUUGAGACCAGAACUCGCACCUGUGGACUCAACAGCAACAGCAGCAAUCAGGUGGCCAUCACAAGCCAACCAGGAUUUCUCUACAGCGACAUCAGCAACUGGCCAAAGUCACUCGCUGGCGCCUGUUCGGAGACUCCUUGUACAGCGUCCAGAUGUCACGUAGAUCGGCUCAGCCGUGCAUCAUGUGAAUCAGAGUUUCAAGGCUGUGGUGCCCCGCCUACUGUUGCCAAUGCUGAGGUACAUUAUGAUGGUGUGUACGAAGGAGCGGUUGCAGUAUACACUUGCGGGGGCAACUUCAUGUUGUGCACCACCCGAAGCAGCAGAAUGUGUCAGUCAACAGGACAUUGGAAUGGUUCUGUCGGCCCGUGCGCUCGGUACAUCUGGGACAUCCCGAGCAGAAACAUCCAGCUGGACUUACCGUGUGGAAAUUCCAGGAACUUCACAGUAGCAGCAAACGUCACGCCUACGGCCAUUGGAAAAGUACACAUGGACUUUCUAAGUGGGGCAAAUAUUCUGUGUCAUAUCGACUUCCGACUGGAUGAUAACACGGUGGUAUUUAGCUCACGCUUCGAAGGUGUUUGGAGAUCGGGGAUUACACUAACGCCAGUCCCAAUGUCAGUGGGUACCGAGUCUCUGGUGGAGAUACGACUGGACCAAGGAAUGUACAUGCUUGCUGUGGAUGGAUCAAGCAUACACAAUUUCACAGACAGGUACCCGAAUGAGAUCAUGGAAGGCCUCUUUAUUAGUGGUGAUGGCAGAGUAACAGCGGCCCGUUACACCAUCUAAUAUUGUUGUCACUUUUGAUUGUCGGCAACUACCAAGCCACUGGCGAAUUUGACGAGUUAGCUUUUUUUCAAAAUAUGAAACCAUUUCUGUGUUGGACUUGAUGUCAAGAAUAGGUGGUUCAACGUCUGUGCUUGUUUUGACCUGUGAAGUUGUUCACAAUAUGCCCUGUUCCACUCAGCAGUACAUGGGUACCAGGCAGGAUGAGAUUGUAUUUUGCCGUUUAAACUUCUUACAGUUGAUGACAUCUAUACUCCG